AUGCGCUGGAGGCUGCCGGCCCCCACCCGCUCUUGGCUGCUUGCUAGCCGUCGCCCGUAUGCCACUUCGACGCGAGCUGCAGACUCCUUGAAGAUCUUGUUCUGCGGCUCCGAUGACUUCAGCAUCAUCUCGCUGCGCGCCCUGGACGCGGCAAGGCGCCGUCUGCCCGGCCUCAUCGACGAGAUCCACGUCGCUCACCGCCCGGCGAAGCCGACGGGUAGGGGCCUCAAGACCCUGCGACCAGUGCCCAUCACACAGGCCGCACGCGACCUCUCCCUCCCCACCCACACCCUCGACACCUUCACCGGCUGGACGCCCCCAUUCUCCUACAACCUGGUCGUUGCCGUGUCCUUUGGCCUGCUCGUCCCGCCGCGCAUCCUCUCCCUGGCACCCUACGGCGGUCUGAAUGUCCACCCUUCGCUGCUCCCCGACCUGCGCGGCGCUGCCCCCAUCGAACACGCGAUCCUGAAGCGGCGCGAAUACACAGGCGUCAGUGUGCAGACCCUGCAUCCCACCCACUUCGACCAAGGCGUCGUGCUGGCCCAGACUCCGCCCCCGGGCAUAUCCAUUGCCAAACACGAGACGGCUGCCGAGCUGGAGGGGCGGCUCGCUGCAGCAGGAGCAGACAUGCUCGUCGACGUGCUGCACACGCGCAAGUUUGUCUCCCCGCUACAAGGCGUGGGCUGGUAUGCUCAGUCGAACAGGCCCCUCGACCAUGCGCCCAAGAUCACCAAGCAGCAUGGCUUCAUCGACUUCACGGCCAUGCACAUGGACCAGAUCCUGGCUGUCCAUCGCGCCCUGGGCGACACAUGGUGCACGCUCCCCAAUGGCGACCGGCUGGUCAUGCAUGAGCUCGUCACUCUACCCUACACAAACACACACGGCCAGCCCGGUCUGUGGGCUCAGCACCACGGUCCCGACCCCCUGUUCCGAGCAGCCUGUGGGCGUGUGGGCCGUAUAGAAUCGAGUACCUAUGCGGGCGGCAAGGCGGGCAGGGGGAAUGCAAAGGUGAAGAAGUUGCUCCUCAACCCAUGUAGAGUGCAGUUGAUGUAG